AUGACUGUUACUAAAGCACCCAAGCCCGUAUUCCCUGCAGAGGCAACAACACUGGAAUAUGCCGCAUCUCUGGAUGCAGCGGACCCUCUAAGUGGUUUCCGCGACCAGUUCAUUAUUCCCUCCAAAGCCAAUAUCGCGACAAAGAAGCUCGCGAAGCCAGAUCUAUCUUCAGAGCCCAGUACUUAUUUCUGUGGCAACUCAUUGGGUAUCCAGCCCAAGGCCGUCUCAAAAUACAUGGAGGCCCAGCUGGAUACCUGGUCAUCCAUUGGUGUCCUCGGCCACUUCACUGAUCUCGAGGACUCACCGUUAAAGCAAUGGCAGCUUAUGUCCGAGCAAGCUUCUGCUUCCAUGUCCAAAAUUGUCGGUGCUGCACCUGAAGAAGUUGUCGCUAUGGGCACAUUGACUAUGAAUCUCCAUUUGUUGCUUGCUAGUUUCUACAAGCCGACUGAGACCCGACGAAAGAUCCUAUUGGAUUGGAAGGCAUUCCCUAGUGAUCAUUACGCGAUCGAGUCCCACAUUGCCUGGCACGAUCUCAACUCAAAGGAGAACAUGGUUCUCAUUGGCCCUGAUGAAGGCGAACACGAGAUAUCAACAGACAAGAUCCUGUCGUACAUCGACAAGCACGCCGAGGAUGGAGCAGUGCUCCUCCUCCCCGGUAUCCAGUAUUACACCGGCCAGUACUUCGACAUCCCUAAAAUCACAGAGUACGCCCAAGCGCGCAAUCUCGUCGUUGGAUGGGAUUGUGCUCACGCCUUCGGAAAUGUGGAUCUCAAGUUGCACGACUGGAACGUUGACUUUGCUGUUUGGUGUACGUACAAGUACGGAAAUGCCGGCCCCGGUUCAAUGGGUGGUCUCUUCGUUCACGAGAAACACGGCAAGGUCGAUUACAGUGCUGGCGAGGAUGCUCCUCAAUUCCGUCAUCGUCUGGCUGGAUGGUAUGGAGGUGACCGUUCGGUCAGAUUUAAGAUGGACAACAAGUACAAGCCUAUCCCAGGUGCCGGAGGUUUCCAGCUCUCCACCCCUUCAACCAUGGAUCUCACCUGUCUCUGCGCAGCAAUGUCCGUCUUCGACCAGACCUCGAUGGCAGACCUACGCCAGAAGUCUAUCAAAUUAACUGCUUAUCUGGAGCACCUACUUCUGACGGAUACUACGGAAGAGACACGUCAAUUCGAUAUCAUCUCACCCUCAGAUCCCUAUGCCCGCGGUGCCCAGUUGAGCGUUCUGCUUAAACCCGGCCUGUUGCACGCUGUCUCAGACCGUCUACAGAACGCAGGUAUCGUUUGCGACAAGCGCGAGCCCGGUGUAGUGCGCGUUGCUCCUGUGCCUUUGUACAAUACUUACACUGAAGUAUUCAAGUUCGUCGAGGAAUUCAAGGGUGCGCUGUCUUCAUUGUGA